UGUCUUCAAUCCUCCUUGGGGAAGGUUUGCAAAGCAAAUUCAUGUAGUACACGAAAGUCGUGAAAAGUGAUCUAAUCGACCAAGGCUAGGAGGAGGGCACAGUGUGGCCGGCACAGAGUCGUUGAGGAAAACUUAGUCUGUCUGUGCAUGUGCGUGCUUGAUAUGACCCAUGGGAAUGGCUCCUUUCCUUGGCGCUAUGCCAUGUUUCAAGUUGGUGGACAAGAGUAGAUGUGCCUGCACUGCGUGCGCACAGUGAGCUCACUGCACCAGAUUCUGUAGAUCGACGCGCCGUUGAGUGCAAAGAUCAUCCAAUAUGCCUCCGAGGCGAUCAAGCCGCGCAGGCGCAGAAAUAGCGCCGGGCCUCCGGCCUGUUCUCUGCACUACUGUGUUCACACAAAAGCAACUAAACGUUGUCGCAGGAACGCUGGUUCGAGCGGUAAAGGCCGGGAGGUCUUCCAACACGUUCAAGGGCGCUGCAAGGAAGGAGAGACUGAAUGAGAGUGCGUGGCAACACUGGGUGAAAGUCGAAUAUUUUGACUCGACGGGAACGAAGGAGACACGCUAUGCUGACCGUCGAAAUCUAGGGGAAGCUGUGGAAGAAGCACCGUGUGUGGUUGCAGAAGCCAUCCGCCACAAGCAAGUGCAAUUCCAGGUAGCAAAAGGCACCGGAAUCCGAAUCCUAGGCGAUGCUUCCCACGCCAAAUCAUUCAGAGAAAAGGCGACGAAAGCCAGGAUCCCCGAACACGAGUGGCAGUACUGGGUCACAAUAGAAUGUUGCACAGGUGAUGCUGAGCCAUUUGUUCGGUUUGCUGACAGACGAAAGCUGUCUCAGGUCAACAGCGAGGUGCCUAAUGUUGCAAAGAAUCCCGGAGAUGCUACUCUGGACAACCCCGGAGAUGCUGUUGCCGGCGCUCAUGGAGAUGCCGCUACGGACGCACCAGGAGACGCUGCUGCUAAGCCUAAGCAGAAAGCAACUUCUGCAAAAAAUCCAAAAUCGGACGCACCUGAGAAAAACGGACAAGUAAAGGCCAGUCACGUUGCCGAAAUCUCGCCAGCUGACUCUUCAUCUGCAGCCACCUUCGUUGUCACUGUCACAACUACUCACUAUGAAGAAAGCACUUUUCGAAUGGAAAAAGGAACACACGUCCAAUAUCUCCAAGAUGCAAGUGGUGUGGACACAUUCAAGAAGAAGGCAAAGAAGGCGGACGUUCCAAAGUCUGAAUGGGCAAUGUGGGUACAAGUGCAGAUCCCCGGCACUACUAGUAGCGGAAGACCUGCUAAGUUCUACAUCCACAAACAGUACCUCACUCCACUUGAGGUAGCAAAGCCAAGCUUGGACGAGACACCUAGCAAGAAGAAGAAGAGUAAAAAGUCGAAAAGGAGCAAGAAGGAAAAGAAAGGUGACUCGGAGGAAGAGGAGGAGAAAGUCGAGUCUAGUGCUGAUGCAAUGCCUCAAUCCCUGGACCAUGGACUUGCUGAUCAGCCAAUGAUCACGCCGACAACAGCCAAUAGCGGUGAACCGAAUAUGCCUGUACCAGUUAUCGGCUCUAUGCUAACAGUCAUCAGAGACACGGUAGGCGACGAUGCAGGUGAGGAUCUUAGAGCUAACUGCAAUGAUCAGGUCGUUCUUCUUCAAAUAAACACCCAUGAUCGUUGGUAUGUCACACAUCUUCCAACUGGAAAACAGGGCUUUGUAAAUCCUGGCUUCCUCGCUGCUGUUCCAGUGGCUCGAGAUCGACCAACACCAAAGACAGCAACACCAAUUAUCAAUGUGCCUGAGCGGAUAACUCAGAGCUUAGCCACAGCAUCGCUGGAUGAAGGCACAGGCAUGACGUCACCUGAAACUUCACUGGCAUCAUCUAGCCUAUCAAGAGAGGAUGCAUUGCCUGACCCAGGACGUUUUGCAAGCCCAGUCAACGUUGGAGGUGUGAACCAGUUCAGCACAAAGCAAAUACUGCACCGUACUGGCAUAUUCGCGCCACAAGUGGACAUGAGGCAACUGUCUACAACAAGUGCUGUGCUUAUAUUGCCCGGGCCGACUAAGAUACGCAAUAGUGGUGAAUGGGAAAUAAAGGUUGGUGAGUUGACGGACCAAAGUUCGAAGGCGCCAUUGGAACUGCACUCCAAGGAAACCAUUUCAACAAUAGAACAGCAGUAUGCGCUAACUGGUCUUCGACCAGGUGCUACCUACCACAUCUCACUGCACUUGGCUGGAUCCAGCCAGAAGCCAACGGACUUGACUUUCUUGCAAAUUGGAGAGAUUGCCAUCAGCCAUCCCUCUAAAACAUCAACCAAAUUUCACUUGCCCGCAGUGGACAAAAAGAGAGUCAAGAAGUACAAGGUGUCAUGCUACACGCUUGAUGAUAGCAUUGGAACAACACCAGUUUGGUCAGAACAGUUCAGAGCGACACGUAAAGAAGUGACAUGUGAUGAGCUCGAAGUUGGUAAAUCCUAUCAGAUCAUUGUGGAAAUCCUCGGAAGUGACAACUCUGUUGUGGCCGAGCUUCGUCAAGUAUUCUGCAAAGUUGGUGAGCUCAUCGUUGAGUAUCAUUCUGCAGAUAAGGCAACCGUGACAUUGCCAGUUUCUGAUCACAAUCUGGUAACUCAGUGGCAUGUCCGUUGGAGUGAGGCUGGAGGAGCCGGACAGACAACCCUGAAAGUGGCCAAAGUUCAAGAGCAGUAUAUUAUCAUAGAGGAGCUAGUGAAAGGCAAGAAAUACGAUGUGGAACUUUCUGCUGCAGGGCCUCCGUGUGUGACUGAAGUGCGCAAGCAAUACACCCACAGCAGUGUGACAAAAGACAUUGGUGCUAUCUCAUUCAAGCAAACAUCGGCAACGUCCAGCAACAUCCGUCUUUCCAACUCAGCGCAGUACAGUCCUGGAACAAACUACUGGGUGGUGCUGAUAUCCAAGAUCAAUGAAAGUCUGCAGCCGAUUCCUGGAACGGAAAGAGAGGUUAACAUGUAUGUCAAGAGCCGGAGUCUUCAGAUUGACAAUUUGGAGCCGGGCGCAACAUACAACCUCGUUGUCAAAGCUGCUCAUAGAGGUAUUGCAUCAAGCAGCAUCAUCUUCAUGCAACUUGGUAAUUGUACUGCCACAUACAUUGCAGCUGGUCUCCAAGUGACAAUGCCUACAUGUGACAGGAACAUUGCAAAUGGAUUCACCUUGACACUUUCCACUGGCCAGGGUGCACAUCAAGCUUCAAUUCCACUGCGAAGUCUAUCCCAGCCUUACACUAUUCCGUCGCCCAGGCUAUCUGCAGGAGCCAAUGAGAUCACACUAUCCCCCAAUUUGGCACAUGGCCAUCAAAAUAUAUUGUGGACGCCUGCACGCUUAUCUUACCAGCAUCAAAAAGCGCAUGGUGCCGGCUAUAGAGCAGCAGAACAACGAGUUAUACAGUUCUCUGACAGUGUGAUUGCCACUGAAGAAAUCAUGGGUGAUGAUGGUGAAGUAUUGGCAACGAAAGGAGAUGAGGUCAAAGUCCUGAGGGAGGUUGCGCAAGGCAUGUUUGAAAUACGCAACGGAGCCGGACACAAGACACGGGUGUUUCCCAGCAGCUUACAGCAACGUAAGCCACGUGUGCACGAUGUACGCAGCAGUCCAAGUGGCAACAUUGUUACUCAAAAUACUUUUGGAACAGACUGGGUGAGCUAUGGAAGCAAGAAAGCGGAAGUCGCGCCACAGACAUCAUUUUCAGCUCAACAGGCACUCAGUGGCUUCCUCACCUCAGUUGUCGGCUUCUUCUCUAACAACAGGGCUAAUAAUCUGGCACACUAUCUGGAUGACCUUGACAAAAAUAAAACACCGGUUGAUUUUGAUCGCGUAGCUGCAAUCAUUUCACAAGGAAAUGCUGCCGAUAUGCUUCUGCUAUUUAAAAUAACAGUCAGUUUCACGAAGCAGUGCUCUUGCAACCCCGUGAAUUUCUGCGUGGCUGUGGUCAUCCUCACAAGCAUCCUGGCGAAAUCACCUGCUUACGUCCACUACACCGACUUCUCGAAUUUUCUCUCAGAGCUGAAUACAUUUGCUGCUCAAUACAUGAAGCCUCGUUUCGUGGAGGAUAUGCUUGGAGAUGUGCCACGGCCCACCAGACUAGCUGAACAGCUCCAGGACUGGCAAAACCGAAGCAGAAUCUCACUGCAUGCAACUGUCAUCCAGCAGCUGACACCCAGAUGUACCAGCGGGACCUGUGACUUGAUACUGUGUCUCAUUGCAAUGGACUGGUGGCUAUCACUGCAAUCUCUGCAACGAGGCAGUCAUCAUGGACCAGCUGGGAGAGGCUGGGAGAAAUACUUUGAACCAUUGGUUUGGAGAGAUCCAAUUGUCAAUGCCUGUCACUUCCUGGACAAGCUUAACUCAAUAACAGUCACCUUUCCCAUGACAAUGACUUGUGAGCUGAACAUUGCCGCUCUUCUGCAGUUGGUUGAGAGACUUUUCCCAACCUACAAACAACUUGAUGAAAAAUCUCCUCUGUCCAUGUGGAACACGUUUGGCACCUUUGUACCUGGAGAUGAUAACACUCGAGUGUGGAUGGCGGAAUUGUUCGAUUUCAUCAUGAUUCGAAAUACGCAGAAUCACAUCAAAGUACUCGCGUGGAUGUUAGAAGUUGCACCCACCUGCAUUACACCCGCGAUGGCAAAGAGGACAUUCCCAAAGAUUGCCUACGGUCUGACAUUUCAGCAGGCCAUCGUCUCUGUUGAUUCACAAAUCUCUCAAUUUGUCAGCUCAAUCAGAGGUAACACGGCCUCCCCCGGUCAAGCUAAAGCGAUUCACAUGGUGGGUAACACCUUCGUCGAGACAUUCUGCCGUGAACGCCAGCUUACACCAGAUGUGCACACACUAUCCAAGGCGCUAUCUGAGCUUCCAUUGUACAGCUGUGCUGUUGCUGUUACAACUUCUGUUUUCAAAGCAGAUGUGAAUGUCGUUCUGCCCGACCGAAACAUUGUUUCUUCCCUUGCUGCACUUCUUGACAAAUAUUCAUCUCUGGACAUUGGGGGAUGUGGGCAGUUUGUCUCCUCCAACCUGAGUGCUAUGCUCUACACCAUCAAAGGACUCCUUCGUCAUCACUUGCCAUCAUUGGCCAAGUUUGUUUCUUCGAGUGAACUGAUGUGGAGGAAAGACAUGGAAGUCAAAGCAGUCAAUUUCAACUUAUUCAAUGAAUUUCAACAGGGAUCCAUGCAAACUGCUACUCAAGUGCGUGAUGAAGCUGUUGUAGUAAUGUCCAUAAUGGCAGCUAAUGGCCGCAAUAUCAACCCAACCUGUGGAGCUUACUUCUUUUGGAAAGCGUACUGUCAGCGCAUCAACAUACACAUCAUGAAAUUGCUAAUAGGCCCCGAUAAGCCCUUGGCUGCAGGAAUACUGUGUGAACUACCUGAACAAAACGUUGAUUGUCGCAGUCCAGCACUGGAAGCAAUGAUUUACGAUGCUGUACUGGAUGCGUUCAAGGAAGAAGGAAUGUUCUCUCCACUCCACCUCCAUCCCUGUGUAUACAAAAUGAUUGCUAUGGGUUACCGUGCCUUGAGCAUCUCCCGUGCUGAUGGGUGGCUAAAGGACGAUGUCCCCACUAUUGUGGCUGCUGUGAAGGACAUCGAGCAAACUCACAGGUCAAUCCGAGAACACGACUAUACAGAAGAGAAGUACGCUGAUUUCCAAGCUGUGUGGACGCCGUUAAAUAACCUCUUCAAGAAUCUUCAACAACCAAUGCUAGGAGGAAUCCAUGGGUUUGAAGGCAUCAUUGAUGAAGUACUGAGAAGCAAAUCCCUCCUGACUUGGCUGGCUAGCCAGGAGGUCGACCCAGCUAGCCAGAUCCUUUCUGAGAUUAUCAAAGCGACUACUGGAGGUGCCAAACCCACUUUAAAAGCUCUACGCAACCUGAAGCGAUCUAUUCGGCAAGAAAUUACCUGCCAUCUUGACCUUAAGGUUUCAAAUGAAUGUUCUGCUACAUUUGUUGAGUUCAUCCAUCACUUUUCAUCUCGCAACAGUUUGCUUUUCCAACGUCAAACAGAGAUCAAAGGUGAUCAGAUGUCACUUGAGGAGUAUACCUGGACUACAUUGAUUCACAACAAGAUUUCAAUGGCAGACAAAUUCUUCAGGAGUCUGCUGAAGGGAACUGUUGAAUAUGGAGACUUUCGCCAAUACUCUGACCUUUUGAGCUCGAAGGAAGAUGCAAUCAGUGAUGAAAUUGAAGUUCUGACCGGAUUCGAUCCAUACAAGCAGCUCACUGAUGCUGGCGGCGGUGAACUGAUCGAGGAAAUCAAACAAGCCCUCUUAAUCAUCAAAUGGAUAACAUCUGAAGACAUUUCUCACAUUGUGAGUGCGUUUGGAAUGAUCCAGGAUGAAACCGAUGGCCAGGUCAUAUGUGAAGAUGAUACAGAUUUCCUGCACCUCCAAAGCAUUGGGGAUGAAAUCAACGAAUACAUCUCGAUCAGAAAGUUGGCCAGUAAGCAUCACCGUCUGACAGAACUGCUGUCAGUGCUAGACCCAUGUCAUUUUGAGUUUUUCAGGGAGAUCAGUAUAGGAAACUGCAGCCAGAUUAUUGGUUUCUUUCGUCAGGAGAACUACUUCUCACCAUCUGGGUAUGAGGACUUCUCCGCUAAAGUCGAGAACCUCAACAUGCUAAUACACGAUGAUCCUGCCAAUGCCGCUAUCGUCGAGGCAACCAUUGCUGCAAGACGCAUGCUAGCUCCACUGCUUGCACCGUGGCAUGAUUCGGAGAAGCAAGGGAAGCCACUGAAGGAUGUGUUCAAGGACCUCACAUCUGUUGCUGUCAGUGCUCAGUGCCUGGAAACAUGCAAUGCUCAAUUUGAACUGGUUGCCACACUUUUCAACAAAGCUACAGAGAGCAUGAUGAGAUCAGCUGCCAACCAAGUUGAAAAAUUAAACAGAGGUGCUGAGGUUGUGGUAGUCUUGAAAGGCGACACAGUGGGAAACAUCACGUUCGAAAUCUCGGAGGUGCCCACAAACAGCAAUGAUGCAGCAAAGUCUGGGAACCGAGAGCGUAUUGACAACCGAAUGCUCAAGGAGUUUGAGGUGAACCUGCAAUACCUGUCAUCUUAUGAUCCCACACCUGAUGAGAAAAACGACUGCGGAGCAGGCAAGGAUGCUGCCGUUGCUUCGAUCAUGGAAACGGCGAAGAUGUUCACGGAGAAAUUAUCUGCAGCCUUGGAACUCAUAACUUGUCUGCAUAUGCUAGAAUCACUUGGCCAUCCUCUAUUUCAAGCCAGCGAAUGGCGCUAUCCCUUGGACAUGGAUGUAUUGAAGCUCGAAAUUGGCCAGCUCUGCAAGAUCAGGCAUGACUGGGAAGAUAUUCUUAUGUCAUGCCGACAAUCGUGCAAGCUCUUGGCAUUGUUCAGUAAUGCGGAAAUUGCAGCCAUGGUUGGAGAUAUCCUGCCAAGGAAUCUGAGAGAAGGUCAACCAAAUCUUGUUGGCCUAUGUGGCCGACGUCAGAAUGUAAAUUUUGCUUCAGUGGAUCAACAGACUUCUAAACAUCUUGGUGUGCAAAACUACUUCCGGCUUCUGCAACAUGUUGCGUCUUCGCGUCAAGGUGCUGAUGUGAAUGAUCUAAUAACAGUGUACCAGGAGGAUGUCAAUAAAUUCACAGAUGUGAUAAAACUCUUGGCACGUGUUCUCACAGAGACUUUCACAGUGAAAGAGAGCGUGGAGAGAGGCACCCAAGGGAAGCAGAUUGUCUGCUGUGCACGCAAUGGAAGUGAAAUGACACAGGCAAUCUGUCUGGCAGCGGAGAUCUUCUUGAAUGUGUACAAAGUCGUUCCAUGUUGCUCUCAGGUGCUGAUUUGUGAUGAACAGACUGCAGUGGAUGACCUCGACACUUUCUUUGACCGGAUUUAUGGCUUUGCAGAGAUGGACUAUGUUGUGGUGGGCGUUGACCUGCUCAGCUAUGAUUGCCGGGUGAAGCUUCUACAGAAACAGAAGGAACUCCGUGCCAAACAUUUGGAAUUUAGUAAUUCUGCCACAGUCUACUACAUCUGCAACCAAGAACGCUCCUGCCAAAGCUGGCCUGGGGAGUAUGUUGAGGUCCGCUCCAAUUUUGGGUCAGCGUUUCGGAAAGAAGUGGAUGAACUCAAGUCCGCAUUUGACCAGCUGAAGCAGAAAGAUGGAGGCAUGUUUCCAGUGUGCAAAGCAAUCAUUGGACCAGCUGGCUGUGGCAAGUCUCACUUCAUCAAGCAAACAAUUGGUGAUGGUUCAGUUAUCAGUAUCACGGAUGUGCCAGAUUCCGAAAAUUGGCUAGAAAAGCUAAUCGCACUUGGCACCCAGGCAAAGGUCUACUUCAAUAUCUCCGGUAACGCUGAUCCUCACUACGUCAACCAGGUCUUCUUUGAGCUGUUGUUCUGCCGCAGCUUGAGAAUUCGAUCACACAACAGAUCGUUCUUGAUGCCUAAUGACCUGCAAUGGGAAUUCUACAUUGAAAUUCCAAGUGAAGAUCCAUUUGCCAAUGAACAAGCUCUUCAGACAAAUGCCCGCAACUUGUUCCCUGUGAUAUGCGUGGCAAGUGAGGCAUGUCACAUUAAUUCCAGCAGUCAUAAUUUCCAGAUCACGAUACCAUCCCCAGCUUCAGCAAUACUGGACUCAUCAUCUCUGGAGAAAAUAGUAUCGGCUGUCCACUACUAUGGCCAGGAAGAUGCACGCCAGGUUGACGGCCAAAUGAUGAUUCUUGAUGCGGCCGAGAAUCUGCAGACAGAAUUGCAAAAUAAGAGCCACUUCACUCGCUUGCUGGAAAUUCUGUUCAGUAAAACAAAUCGUGCAGCACAUGCUGAGACCAGGUGGCUACGCACACAGGAAGUAGCUUUCCUGAGAUACUUUCUUGACAGGAUCAAGCUGUUUGACACCGAGACCUUUGACGUGGCCAAGAAGUACUUAUUUGCCAACUGCACUCGUUUCUUGCUCGAACAAUUCGUCAAGGAAUCCGAGUACUUAUGUCAGAAAGAACUUGUGUGCUCCUGGCAGAAAUGUCCAAUACCGUUGUUGUUCGUGGAUCCAACCGGAGUGAGCUUCAAUACCAUGACAUCAGAAACAGCCAGAGCUAAGAUGUACCCUAUGGAAGGUGCUGUGCUGAAGUAUUUCCCUCACCCUCCACCAAAUGAAGAAAAGCCAGAGUUCGUUGCAUUGAGGAGAAUCCGCAGAGAUCCAGAAACGUGGGCAAGAUUCUUUAGCUUCAGAUCAGCAGAUGAGUUGCUUAGUGCUGUCGACAACCGGAAGGAGCUCGAUUGUUUGAAAUGUCUUCAAUGGAAAUUUGGUUUGAUGUCAGAUAAGAACAAUAUUGUUGAGACACUGCUGAAUAAUGACGGCUUUGUCCUCACUUGGGACUUCACCUACAAGCUUCUGCUAGUGGAUGAACGACAGCGGUCCAAGUUACCAUUGAUCAUGGUUGGUGAAACUGGCGUUGGUAAAACUUUCCUUCUCGAAAUGUACACGAAACUGCUUAACUGUAGAAAUCUCUACAGCCCUGAGCUGGAGACUUCGCUCCUUCUGACCCGGAGAACAUGUACGUGGCUGAAAAGUCUGACUGUAGAUUGGUCAGGGAAACUCACCGAAGAUUUUCAAUCCUGGUUUCCUAUGGGAGCGCUACUUGCUGCAGGAGAUAAACCACCUAUGGAACUUGCAAACUCAAUUGCUGGUCGGGUUGACCAGGGUGCAGCUACGGCAGAGGAGCUAGGGGAUAUCAUUGAGCGACUAGUUAGUGAGGGGUCACUCACUGAUGAGCAGGAUGUUGCAGACCUCGUCACAGAGCUCAAAGGCUAUAUCACGAUGUGCCUGGAGAAGUACACAAUUCUAAAGCCCAUGGAUGAUCAAUUUACUUCUCUGAUCAACAGAGAUGAUUUGUCACCAGCACAAUGUCGGGUGAUAAUGAUGAAAUUGGUAAAUGCCGACCCACAAGCUCUAUUCUUCAAGAAGCUGAUUGACCCAGGAACCAGCCGGCAAGAUAUUGAGAAGUUUCUCAGUGAGGCUCGCAACCUUGCAAGGCGCUGCCUUAACUACACAGUUGUGGUGUUCUUCGAUGAGGUGAACACAUCAAGUUGCCUGGGAGUUUUCAAGGACAUACUUGUGGACCGGAUGUUUGGCGGUGAGAAUCUGGAAGAGAACAUCUUUUUCACAGCCGCCAUCAACCCGCCUCCCAAGAAGUCUGUGCAAGGUGAAAAUCUGGAUGAUGAAGUACACAGAGUGGAAUACAACGUCCACCCGUUACCAAGAGUGAUGGAUGAGAUGAAGUGGAUAUAUGAAGGAAUUUCGGAUGACACACAACUCAAUGAGUACAUUGAGAAGAAAAUUAUGCUCCAGCAGGCUCUACUUAACUCAUCGCAUAGCUCUUUCCCACCAACAGUUCUUCUUGAGUUUAAGCGAAUCAUGAUGAGAGCACACACCUACUGCAGAGAAUUUAUAGGUGUCAAUUCCGUCAGCCAAAGAGAUAUUCAGCGACUGUUUCUCCUGGUUCCUUUCUUUUGGCUUGUCAACAAGAAUGUUGUCUUAUUGGCAGAGCGUGCUGGAAGGUUUAUGGCCAGUGAUCCUGGUACUGAUCUUCAGAAAUGUGUCUUUCUGUCCAUCGCUGUUGUGUACUACUUCAGGCUUGUGGUAGCUAAUAAAUCUGCAAGAGCCAGCCGUCAGGACUUUGCUCACUACAUCCAUCUCUCUGACCCCGCUGCGUUUCACCAAGGUGAUCACAAAAGAUGUCCUCAUUGUGGCCCCAACAGCAUCAACAAUGAUGACUUGUCAGCAUUUCAGAAGAUUGUCAACUAUGCUGUCGAUGAAGUUGUCACCCGUGGCCACUUCAGAUUCGACCAGAAAGUAGCUCUUACUGAUGCACUGAAGGAAAAUAUCUUGUGCACUGUUGCCUGUGUUCAGACUGGAAUUCCUCUUGGAAUCAUUGGGCAGCCAGGCACAUCAAAGACACUCAGCUGGAUGAUUGUCAAGGAAAACCUCCGUGGAAUCAAUUCUCCAAAGCUGUUCUGCAAACAGUUCAGUGCUAUUGAUCCAUUUCCCUACCAAGGCUCGGCUCAAUCAAAAACAGAAGAAAUCAGCAGGUGUUUCGAAAAUGCAGCUGCUCGUCAGGUAUUCUAUGAUGAGAGCCAGCACACCAGGCAGAAAGAAACACAGGACAACUACUCGGCAACAAGAAAUGACGACGAUGCGCCAGACGACGGUGAGAUCUACAUGUUCAAGCAGUCAACCAAGUGUGUCGUAUUUCUCGAUGAGGCAGGUCUGCUUAGUGAGAAUGACAUGGUUUUGAAAGUACUUCACCGCUACCUGGAUGAGAGAAAGGUGUCCUUUAUUGCUCUGUCUAAUCGCCGGUUUGAUCCAGCCAAUGCCAAUCGAAUGGCUACAGUCUACCGAUCUCCAGCAGCCUUGAGUGAACUAUUCACACUAGCUCUUGGCUGUAUCAAGAAGGGCGAUGACAGGAGACGUGACAGCAAUGCCACACCGGAUGAAUUGCUGGAUGAAAAUAUCCAUGAAGAGCAGUAUGCGUCAGCUGAGGAAAGGAAGUUCUUGCUGGCAUUAUGUCAUGGUUAUUUACAACUGACGAAACUAUCCUAUGACAAUGUCAAUUUGGGGAAAACAUUUCAUCACCGUGACUUCAUUUACAUGCUUCGCAACCUGCUGCGUCGCCUCUCAAGGCCCGGAUUGCCAAUCAGUAGCCAAGUGUCGGACUUCAUUGAGGCGCUCGAGGAGAACUUCGGAGGCUGUAAUGAUCUGGUAUUUGAGAGGAUUGCCGAUACAUUUCUUCGCAACAUGAAGCAAUAUCUUCCACGAUUUCCAGAGUCACUCAGCUCUGCCAAUGCUCCAAAGCCAAGAGGACCUAUCCAAACCCUUCUGUCCAUUCAAGAUGAUUUGGCAACUGUCAAGGAUUCCACUUCUGUGUACUCAACUGGUCAUGACCUUGCCUCUCGGUUCAGAAUGAUAAUCGAUCCCACUGACAACUUCUCUUCUGUGGAUAUAAUGUUUCAACUAAACAUUCUCUCACCCGAUGACUGUGAGGUUAUUCAUAUGAGCACGUUCCAAGGUGAUCAAGAUGAGCUCUAUGUUGCAGAGGUUGUUGCUCGAAUCCGACGUUCACUGGACCGGGCCAAAACAGUCGUUCUUGUGGGUGCAGACCGGGUGUAUGGCAGCCUGUAUGAGCUACUGAAUCUCAGCUUCAGAAAGAUACAAGACAAGAAGUAUGUCAACAUAACUCUGGGACGCCAUCUCUAUGCUUGCCCUGUUGAUCCUGGAUUCCAAUGUGUGGUCGUACUGAAGGAAUCUCGCCUUAAGAAAACGGCAGCACCAUUUCUAAGCCGCUUCGCAAAAUUCAGGCUCUCGCCAGAUGAUGCAUUGCGUCAGAUGCAUACAUGGCUGUCACCGGAUACUGGCAACCAUAACCUGUGGAGAGUGGUCGAUGAACAAUGCAGAGAUUUUGUUGAGGUGAUGCUUAGCCGCAACUUCCUUGGACUAGACAAAGGCAGUGGAUUCCUGUGCCUCUUGCUUAGUUGUUUCCAUCGCUCCGGUCCUGGUGACAAACCUAUGUUGAGUUUCUACACAAAUUUGACACAAGCAGCAGAGCGUCUCGUUCCUGAUAAUCACGUAGCUCCUGCGCAGAGAUCAGUUCGUGGAAUUUGUGCUCGUCUCCUGCAGUUGAUGCCGCCAGAGCACUUUAUCAUGAUGUUCAAGAGAAUCAAGGAGCGUGAGCUCUACUACAAACUCUACUUUGACACAUUGCGUCACUUCGAAUUCCGCAGAACGGUUGUAGAGUUUGCCCAAAGUAUGCCAGAUACAACCAUUGAAGAGCAGCACUUGAUACAUUGCAACAAGUUUGUAGCUUUCCUAAAGCACUCAUCAGCUGUCACUCAGCUUGCUACUGACAAAAAGGAAUUCUUUGACACGGAUGCAGAGUGCAUUGCUGUGGCUGAUGCCAAUGGCUUCAAGAAGCAACUCGAUGCAGACAAAUUCUUUGACGACUUUGCUGCCAGCGACCAAAAGAACUGUGCUUUAAUUUUGGUCGAUGUCUCGCAAGCAUCUGGUGGAUUUAAACAUGUCGCUUUCCUCAAGUGGUUGGUGGACUCAUGGGACAUUCAAAUGCGCAAGAAAAACAAACGCAAAUGCUUCUUCCUGGUACUAUACAGCCAGCUCUUUUUGGCUUCAGCUGGACACAAAAUUCCAGCGUUCUUUCUCAAUGGCUGGGACACUCUCUAUUUCGACCUACCAGCUGCUGGUGAUAUGCUUUUGAUGAAUCUCAAAGCCAUUUCCAAAGCAUUUGCUGCACAAUCAAUACAGGAUGGCAGGAAUGAUGAAGAUGAAGAAGUUGGAAUCCAAGCAGUUCUCCAAGAGGGAAUUCUCAAGCAGAAGUCUUCAUUGGUACAGCAGUUCUGUCAGAAAGUGGCUACAGAACCUGUUACAAGAAGGGCUGAAAUUGAAACAGCUGGAGUAGAUCAUGAUCGCGAGCAACCACACCUCGGGAAUGAGUUUGAAAAUGCUGAUGAUGUUGAGAGUGAUGGAGAAGAUCCUGAUAAUGAUGACAGAGAAAGUGAUAUUGGUGAUGAUGAAGAUGACACAGACGCUACUGGUGAUGGGGACACAGACGCUACUGGUGAUGGGGACACAGAUAGAGCUCACUGUAUUGGAGAUGGUGACGUUGAUGUUCCACCCGAACUUCUCGCUUUGUAUCACUCCAACUCCUCACCCAGAAAACUGAACGAUGCAGUGAUCAGCAUCCUGGAUAAAUACCCAGAAGUUCUGAAGCAUGCUGGAACACUUCUGUCUGAGUUCUUCACUCAGACUACAGCAGUAAAACUAAUGGAAGACCUUGCUGCCCACGUUGCUGAAUGGGACUCUUUUGUCUCCUUUUCUCUCCUGGUUGAGCUGCAUAUGAAUCCUAGGUUGGAAAGCAUCUUGACAAAACUACUACUGUACUUGUGCAAGGACAAAACAAUUGCCAACAUUGUCAACCUGGGCUUCUCUGGGGAGUUGCUUUCCAGGCUACUUUGGUUCAUUCCCCGCUUGACGGAGCAAGAUGAGGAGGCGUACAGAAGCAACGCAUUGGCCAUUAACAGGAGUAUAGUAGCAGGCAACAAAUUACCAUUCUAUGGCCUUAUCAAACAGCGGAUUGAACUUCAUUCUCACCAGCUCAAGAUUCUGGGUGAUCCGAAUGCUUGCUUCAAACUUCACAACCGAUUGGUGGCUGAUGCCAUUGUGAAGCGGUUUCUAGGUUGUGAGCAGCGUUACAUUGAUUUGUACUUGCAAGAGCUGGUAAAAGAGAAGUGCAAAUGGUCAGGGAGUAGCACCGAUGCACGGGAAAUGCUCGGUAUCGCAGUCAGCUAUUUGAAGCGCAAACGUUCUUCUGUACUUGCUCGCUCAACUUCUCCGGACAAAACUGAGUGUGACAUUGUGCCAUUUGCUCAUGCGUACCUUGUACAUGCUGACACUCGCUUUGAAAUCAUGAUGCUACUGUAUGGUAUGCAGGCCAUGAAGCAACUAUCAAGCUGGGAAGGAUUCUCAACAGUCAGAACGCUAUUGGAUGAUAAAGAUGCUACUAUAUCAGCCAAGGAAUGUAUUGAAAGGUUUGCAGAAGCGCUGUUCAAUGGACUGUGGAAAUCAUUGCUUGCCAUCGAAACACUUCUGGAUGCAGCUAGCAUGGCUGAAGAGGUUCAAAGGUGGAGACAGAGUUUCCGUUACAUUCGAGUCUUCUGGAGUCCAAACCAGGAACACGAAGGCAAUGCAGAUCCCGAGGAUAUUCUGCAGUGCAUUAUGAACACAAUAUGUCAGCAAUUCUCUCGUGAGCUCAACCUGAUGGACGAAGUAUUCGUGAUCUUGCACAACAAGCAGAUCUCUGAAAAUCCACCAGUCCUCCAUGCAGUCCUACAUACUGCGCAGAAGCUGCUCACAGCAGAUGGAUUUGACACUGUUGACAACAUCAAGGAAUUUUCUACCACUUUGCAGGACACGCAAGUAUGCGCUGCUGAUGACAUCAAGUCAACAUGUCUACAACUCUUGAUACUGCUGGUGAAAUCUUUGAAGAACUCUAUUGAAAGAAGCAAAACAAAGUUAGCAUUCCUCUUCACAGUGAUCAACAAUUCCGAUGCGAAGUUUCCCCAUCUGCUGCCUCAGCAAUCAAUCAACUUGUUCCUUUUUGUCAUGAAGCGCUUUAAGCAACCAGUAAAAAAAACCGCAGAAGGAGUCGACAAGGUCAUUCAAGACACUCUUUCCAGGCAUCAUGGUUACCAGCAGCUCCGAGACUACUGCAAAUCAGUGGAAAAUCCAAUUGAUACAUUGUACCUUCCACCAGCUAUUCCAAGAAGAGCACGAGAGAUUGGCCCAAACCACGAGGCUAUAUGUGAACUAUUUGAUCAACCAAUUGUCCACGCCUAUUACAAUUUCAUCUACAGAAUGAACAAGGUGAAAAUGCACUCCAUUCUGGAUUGUGUCAGGCUUACAACACCAUUGACGUUGGCCAACAGGAAAUCACCCCAUGUUGCCUGCCUGAUCAUAAAGCUUGCAGCAAAUGUCCGGCUGGCCUUUGAGUGUGUGGCAGAGAGUAUUGAGCACGAAGACCCUAGGAACAUCCUGAGUGCUGUACAUGAUCUUUCAACACACUACCUACAGGAAGGAAAGUUGUUUUGGAAACAGUUUCUAGCAUCCAGAAUUUGCACCAGUGAAAAGGCGAAGACUGUUGUUGAGACAUUCCCGGAAGGCCUUCGCAACUUGUGUUUAGCAGAGCUUGGUGAGGGUGGACGUACUGGCGUGGAGCUCAUAUUCACAUGUCGAGUUUUACCACCUGGCAAUGAAAAUCUAGCUGAACUACACCGGUCCUACCAAGACUUCAGCGGCCUCUUUGACAGGAGUAUUGCUGCUAACGACGGGUUGCAAGGAAUUGCUCAGUGGCACCGUAGUCAGACAUCUGAAGGUGCACCACCACUGGUAGCUGGCCUGCUUCCCAAGAACUGUGCUGAUAUGUUUGUAUUCCUGAAAGUGUACAAGUCCUGCUAUGAAGCUGGCCACAUGGAUGCACUGCGUGAAGUUUGUGAAACACUGACAGGCAGCGAUCGCCUAACCCGCAGCCUCAAGUUUCUUCAACAAGGUCCGCCCAUUCGUACACAAACACUUCAAUGCAUGUUCCCAGAAGGUGACCACCCGCAGGACUCCACUGUUGGUGUCGAAUUGCGUCACCUCCUGAUGAAUACACUUGCUGUGUUUCUCGGCAUUGGUAGUGAGAAGUUGCACUAUGCCAAUUAUCUUUUCAACCCAGCCAGUCUUGAAGGCACAUAUCUGUUUGGUGCUCAUCGUGGUCAACAAUGCCGAUUGUGUCCGUUCCAUGUUGACUGCUGCCUUGUAUUUGAUGAUCAAGGCAUGCCAGAGGAUGACGGAGGUGGGUGCUGUCUGGGCCUUGUGGGCAACUAUAUCAACACGGCCAUCACAUUCUCUGCCUUCUUGCUUCUGGGACUUCUGUAUCAGGAGAAGGCUGAAGCAAUGUUCAAUUUGCUUCUGAGUCCAUAUGUGAUAAAUCCCGAGCAACGACAGUAUGCUACAUUCAAGGAAAGGGCACUGGAGUUCUGUGCCAUCAGGGUAGCAACUCCACUGCACAGUAUUGAUGAAGCUGAUGGCUACCACUUCUCACACCAGGAGUACUGCACCGCUGUGCUGAUGGUAUUUGAGCAGAUGCUUCGUCAGUUCUUGAGGAAUAGUCCACUUCCGUAUCGCCCAGCUUACAGUAGCAGACCUGAUCGUAGUUGUGCUGAGAAACUUGCCCAAGAUGAAGCUUUCAGUCAGGUUUUACCUCUUCUAGAUAAUGCUCGCAGAAAUGUGAAUAUCAGUGACCCGAUGGUGACUGAACUUCGAUCAUGUAACAGCAGUGACAUCACGAUGAGGUCACUGCUUGGUGCAGCCGUGCAGCAUCAUGCCACCACAAAGAACUUGCCGGUUUUGAAGGCGAUUUUGAGUGGUACAACUUCCUGGAGGCUGCUGCACCAUGCAAAGGACAUCUUCAGGUUGUAUGCGGCUGCUCACGUAUUCCUGGAGGGUAAGAUAACUCGGGAAACAGUGUUCCAGGAACAAUUGUCUCUACAUGCGGUCUGCACUAGCAACAGCGCUGACAUUGUUGAUGCACGAUUCGCAAAGCUUAAGAGUGCUUAUUUGAGUGGGAAGAAGGCCUUCAAUCAAUUCUGGCAUGACAAUGAGGGACAGGUGAACAUCGGUGCUUGCCAAAGAGAGAACACAAUUGCUAAAAUUCACCCUGAAGAUGAUGAAGAUGCGGGAACCACGUCACUAAUAUACAUUUUGGAUGAAGGAGGUGAUGAGCAUGGAGUCCUGGGAAAUGUCCUGCAAGCCAUUCUAUCACAGCAAGAAGAGUUCAUCAGGAAAUGUGAGGAGUGGAAAUGCACCAGCACACCUGCAGAUGUCUAUCACCAUGAUCUAAUGGCAGGCGAGUUCAAUCAGCCGAUAGCGAUGACAGCCAAUGGAGAAGGUCUUAUGACAUUCGAUGAAGACGAAGCACUUCAUAUUGCUAGAAUGCACAGCUAUGUGACUGAAGGAAACACCGUGAGUUUUGAUUUGGAAGCAAUUCAGAGUUAUUACAUCCAGCAGUUUGUUACCAAGGCAAAGCUAAUUGAUCUGGAGCAAUCUCUUGCACCAUUUGUCUUCAAACAGACUGAUGCAACUCCACUGCAAGUUCUUCAAGUGAAGCCCUUGACAAAGCUUGUAACGAAUGAUGACAACUUUGGCGAAGUCCUCUCAGGAGAUCUUCUGGAUCGGGUCCAGCAAGCUUUUCAACAGCAGCAGCAGCACUACAAUGAAUCUCUUGAGCUCAUUGACCAUCUUGUGAACAUCUCCAGUGCCAUAUCAAAGCAGAGAAUGCAGGUGGAUAUGGUCAAGAAUGUCAGCUUGAGAGAAUUCACACACACAAACAUGGACUCUUUCACAACCCCAGAGAGCUUUGUGCGAUUCUGCACCAGUGUCGACAUGGAAGUGGCUUUGUGCUACAUUUGCCAUCUCUACCGACUUUUGGAAGACCGCUUAACCAGUGGCAUUCAUCUGCUGAUGCAUGUUCCCCAUCUGCUACAGCGGCCAUUGGGUGAAGACAUUGAUAAGGAAGUCAACGAAGCAUUCGAAUCCUAUCGUCAGGAGCACUUUGAAAGGGUACCCAUACAGGAGCUAAUCGAAAAUGCUGACUCAGCAUAUACAACUCUUCAGCAGUGUGUUGAUCACAUAACAGGUUUGGAAGAAGAUCUGUUGAGCUUCCUCCUAAAACUUGACCUUGUUACUGAUGACAAAGAUAUCUUGGCUUACCUGCCGCAGACUGUGAAGUGCUAUCAUCUGCAAUCUAUCAUGGUCAAGAUUAUUCAGCAUGGCCGACAGGUUCGACACGAGCAGUCUGAGUCUAGAUCAGCUGACCCUGUUAUCAAGGUAUGGUCUGAAGACAACACUGAAGACUUUGUGAUAGUACCGGCAUUUGAUGAAGAACCGGCAGAGUCCCAUGAGAGCGGAUUUAGCGAGCAGUCUACUUCUGAUGAGGAUGAUGACUCUCUCCUAGAUUUCGCAAUGUUUGCCGAGCUUCCAACUGACAAUUCUGAUAACAUGUUUACCGACUCAGACCGCCCAUUGGAAGAAGAGUUUGUUAUUGUUCCAGCUGGUGAUGUCAAAGGCGAAUCAUCUCUUGCAGAUGAUCCUAUUGUGCCGGCCAGGGCGACCUCCGAAAAUGAAACAGAUGACCGCGUUGAGAGCAGCAACACACACCACAUCAGUGAGAUAAUAGAUCCUAAGGCCCGCAAAGAUGCUGAAGAUGCAGAAGAUAGUGACAAAAGCAGUGAAUACGAAACUCCAGAAGAAAGCAUGGACGAUAAGCAGUCAGACUCUGGUUCGGAAAAUGAAGAAAGCUGGAGUGUUGUAAGUGGCAACAGGGUUACAUUGCUAAAGAGGCCAAGCAGCAAGGAGAGCACAGAUGAAUCGUCUUCUGAGCCUGACAGUAAUGGCGACAGUGACAGUGAUGGUGACAGCAGCAGUGAUGGCGGCAGCAGCAGAGAAGAAAGCGACGAAGACAGGGAGGAAACCGAUUUGGAAGAGGAAAGCGAGGGAAGUGGUGAUGGCACUGAAGUAGACAGUGAUACAAGCUCGGGAGAAGCCAGUGAGUCGGAUGACGAGACCACGGAUGGCAGUAGUACUUGCGGAUCUGAAAGUGACCUAGAAGAAAGCAGAGAAAUUGAUUCAGAUGAUGAUGAGGCUGAUGAAGAAAGUGGAAAUGAUAAGUGUAAUGUAGACAGCACGAGGCCCACAGCUCACACUGAUCACGGAGAUGAACAUGCCGAUGCAAAGUUGCCUACAUUGGAUCAUCCGGAGGUUCAUGCUGGUCUAGAAGCAGUCAUGGUGCCCAUGGCAUCAGCAUUGCUAACUUGCAAUACUUCCGCGGUGCAUGAGCCAGAAUCAAUUGCUGUCAAGCAAAUCCCAAGUCUUGACUCCGAUCCAACAGUCAAUGCAACACUGAGUUCUUCCGUUACUAGCUCAGUAUGUGGACAGAGGGAAAUACCAUACGUACAACUAGCACAGAGGAUGAUGGCACAAGUGCAGCCCAAAGGUCUGUUUACUCCUGCGCCUAAGUUUGCAAAAUAUCGUUUCCUCCUGCAGGAAGAGGUUCUCAAGGAAGGGUUUACCAGUCUGAAGAAAUUCACUGAAGAGACUUUCCGGACACACGCCAAGCUUUCUUCAGGGAAGUUUGAGCUAGCUAACUCACAGGGUCUGUUGAUCCCACCAGGGAUGGAUGUAGCCGUGGAUCCUCAAGAAGGCAGACGCAUUGUUCACGUCGUUCUUCCUGAGAGCAUAGUCACAGUCAAUAUUCUCAACCUGACUGAUGGUGCAAGUGACUGCCUGCAACGUAUUCGUGUUGCAAAGACAGCAAUGUGUUCCUUGCUGUGCUUGUUUGUCAUGCAGACACUGCAGAAAGCAUCUAGUGAGACAGCCCAGCCAGCUGGCCUCUUUGAUACCAACUACUGUCUUGUGAGUGAAGGUGACCUCACGGUGGAAGAUAUCUGUCACGGAACAUCGGAGGUAAAUCUCUACUUUGCAGUGGGCCAGAAGUACAAAGUGGUUGACAUCUGCUUUGGCGAGGACGGAAACAUCUAUCAGUCAGUCUUUUCUGACAAACUGGCCCAACAUUCCAGCCUGGUCGUGCCCGAGGAUCAGUCGCUGUGUCCCAAUCCAUCUACUGUUCACCUGUGCCACGAUGACAGAACGCCAGUGUACAAGCUACCUCAUCAUUGUGUUACAUCACUUUCUGUGCAGAUAAGUAGCAGCACAGUUGCUGAGUUAACCAUACCAACGUUCACGCCUGUGGGUUUAAUUCGCUGCCAACUCCAGCUGCAUCUAGGAUCAGAGAGUGAAGUUGCUGUGCUCUGCCAAAGUGGAAAUCCUCUUCCAGACUGCAUCUUGAUUCAGCACCUUUUGCCACCAACGGUGGAAUUCAAAACAGAUCCUCCAGACUUCAGCCUGAUGACCGAUUCAUUGCAAAAUGUUCAAGUUGACCUCUCGCCGUAUCAAGCGUAUUCCAGUCGCACGCCACGAAUAGUCAAUGUUACGCCUGUGAGGAGUGUUGCUGACAUCCUCACCAACAUAUGUACUGAGUUAAAUGAGCCUCCAGGAGAAGCAAGCUUGAUGAACGUUCUUUGGAAUGUUGCCCUUGAGCUGCAAGCACCUUUGCCACAAUUCUGGGCACUAGUUCAACAGCCUGUACUUCAGCUUCUACCCAGCCGACGGCUGCAGAAAGUAGCGAUUAGAGUGAACAAUCCUGAUGCUUCCAUCGCUCCCAAAACCAUCGAUAUCAGCGUUAAUCGCGAGUGCACAGUGCAUCAGUUGCGCCUAGCACUGCUGCACAACAGCCUGUGCCAAGGGUUGUUUCAGAGUGAGCUACCUGUCAUGCUGUCUGCCGGCCCAGUGAUGUUGGGUGAGGGAACAGUCAUUGCUGACGUAAAACUCUGCGAUGACUUCAGUCUUCAGCUAAGUACAGUUGCUGAGAUUAAAGAGAACACAUUGUUGUUCAGCUUGCACCUGCGGCGUGAUGGUGAUGAUGAUGAAGCAUCCACAGAAAACACACCAAUAAUGGUGAAGCUGGGUAAGAGCCGUGGGGCAAAGCUGCUUGUAGAGUUUGUUGCUGAUUGCCUCCUUCAAUGCCGGCACGAUCUUUGCCAAGUAAUCAUGCCAAACGAUGUGCUGGUUACAUGCGGCACCAGCGAGACCCUUUCCGAAUGUGUUGCUAUGUGCUCACCCAGUGAGCUAACUGAUCUCUCCACUGCCAAUGUGGUGCCAUGUUCAGUGAAACAGAUAUUACCAGCACUAGACCUAAUGGUAACCAUCCGUCCUCAAAAUGCCUCAACUGAUCCAACUGAACUAAGUCUGCCGCCCAGCAUGACCCUUCAAGAGCUGAAAUCGCUGAGUGUUACCACUCUGGAAUUACCAGAACAUGACAGCGUGGUUUUGAAGGACACAUCUAUGGAAGACAUCGAUCUGGAUGAAGCAACUCUGCAGGAUCUUGUGGAAAAUGGAAUGGAUCUGAGCUUUGUGAUCCUAUCACCUACAUCCUCUCUGGACCCUUCACUUGCUCAGUCUGCUGCAGAUUCUCAUGCGAUGGUCGCAUCAGCAGCCCUAACCGUAACUAUCCGUAAGCAAAGCAGUUCAACUGAUCCAGCUGAACUAAGUCUUCCGCCCAGCACGACCCUUCAAGAGUUGAAAUCGCUGAGUGUAACCACUCUGGAAUUACCAGAACAUGACAGCGUGGUUUUGAAGGACACAUCUAUGGAAGACAUCGAUCUGGAUGAAGCAACUCUGCAGGAUCUUGUGGAAAGUGGAAUGGAUCUGAGCUUUGUGAUCCUAUCACCUACAUCCUCUCUUGACCCUUCACUUGCUCAGUCUGCUGCAGAUUCUCAUGCGAUGGCCGCAUCAGCAGCCCUGACCGUAACUAUCCGUAAGCAAAGCAGUUCAACUGAUCCAACUGAACUAAGUCUUCCGCCCAGCACGACCCUUCAAGAGUUGAAAUCGCUGAGUGUAACCACUCUGGAAUUACCAGAACAUGACAGUGUGGUUUUGAAGGACACAUCUAUGGAAGACAUCGAUCUGGAUGACGCAACUCUGCAGGAUCUUGCGGAAAGUGGAAUGGAUCUGAGCUUUGUGAUCCUAUCGCAUACAUCCUCUUCAGAUCCUUCCCGUGCUCAGAUAGUCACAGCAUCCAGUGAUGAGCAGAAUCUCGUGACGGUUUCAUUUGAGCGGAAGGGCAAAAAGGACACACGACAAUCUCUGACACUGGCCGGUACCACCAGCCUUGUUGACUUUGCCAAUCAGGCCGCAAGCCUACUUUGCCCUGAGUCAACUUGCAGUCAACUAUAUUGUGAGGAAGAGCCUGUAGACAUUAGCGAGUCACAGACCAUGGAAGAUCUGCUGGGAAGCUUUGAAGAAGGCAAGGAUGCAUUGUUUCAACUUGACAUGAAAGAGACAUAGAUUUGUUGGAACACCAGCAUUCUUCAACACCAACAAGCUCAACAGCAGCAGCAAUCGUCAUGACGCCCGCACAUCAAUACGGCUCUUCCGCAUCGCGCAGUAAUGUGCUAAGUGCUUGAACUAUUCUUAUCAUGUGGAUGUAUUUCAACCAGGGAGUAUUGUGCUACUCCAUGAUUUCAAUUUGCUUAUAAUUAUGAUCACUCUGAUAUGAUGUUGCAUUCCUGUCCGUGUCUCCGUAGUAGGGUUUCAUGUGUAUUUCUCUUAUUCGCAUUCCAUGGAGCUGUUGUGAUUCAUUUUUCUCGAUUUUGCCAUUGUGCCAUUUUGCUGUGUGGAAACCGUAUGAUUGUUUAGGACUUGCUUAUGGUCCGAUGCAGGUUUUACCUCAAGUGGAUGUUUCAUUACUUGGGUGACCGAAUUUCUUGUUUGCAGAUACUGAUUUCCGUUUUCCUGUAAGUUUCAGUGUUCCUGCUACAAAGUUAUUGAUGACAACGCCAUGCCAUGCUUUGCCUGAAAACCGGGUAAGCCGUGCGUUACGAAUGCAACGUCUGUAUUUUUUUUUCAAAUAUACAUUGUUCUGGAGGUAUGGUGCAUGGCGCCUUUUUGCAAUGCACUGCUUGGUUCAAUUGCUUGCCCACCCCCAGCUCAUUGUCAAUGGAUACUUUUCUGGAGGCUGUUUCCAAUACAUGUAGUUUGUGUGUAUGUUUUCACCCGUAUCCUCUUAUGACUUGCGUAUUAUCCAUGUACAUGUAUGUUUUCACCCGUAUCCUCGUAUGACUUGCGUAUUAUCCAUGUACAUGUAUGUUCAUCAUCGGUUUCUAACAUGGUCGCUGCUGCAUUCCCUAUGGCAGUGCUGCUCUGCUUUCCUUUUCUCUGCCGCUUGCCGCAUGCAAGGGGCUAUGUUACGUGUAUGCUCCCAACAGGCCAUGUCCGUGUGUGUGACAAUUGCUACCCUUGUGUUUCAAACUGCAAGCAUGCUCUUUGACCAUUGUGCCUUUCUUCAAAGUUACAUUACAUGCAUUGUCAAAUGAUUCAGCUUACUAGUAUAUGCAAUGUCGCUUGCCUGUAUGCAUAAACUUUGCCUUCGUUGUUAUGCCUUUGGCUAUUGCCAUGUUUCCCAUGCACAAAAAACUGUUUUGAUGCGAUGCUCUUUCUGGCCUUCAAUCGAAUUCUUUCAGUGUGUUCUUACAACAGAAACUGCUAUCAUGUUAUGACAUUUUCGAAGAACAUUAUUUUGCCCGUACAA